AUUCUAUUUUAAUAGUUUUCUUAUUUGCAAUGAGAAAUAAAUUCAACAAUAUCCGAUCAACGUAUUUUAGCCUUUUUGAUAGAAUACCACUACAUUCUAACCACGUGGUACAAACUUCGCGCCAUAAAUCGAAGGCAUUGUUGUUGUAUGUUGAAAAGAUCAGAAACUAAAGACACUAAGAAAUAUGCCACCCAGAGAUUACACAGCCGAUAAAGAGAAGAUCAAAACAUUUUUGAGGGAGUUCUAUGUAGAUGGAGAAGAUGGUGGCAAGGACUUUGUUUAUGGACAACAGCUGGUUAAAAUAGCUCACAGAGAACAGGUGGCUUUAACCAUUGAUUUGGACAACAUUGCUGAUUUUGACCCUGAACUCAAGGAUGGCAUUGAAGAAAACACUCGUAGAUACACAGCACUCUUUGCCGAUGCCAUUCAGGAAAUUCUUCCAGAUUACAAAGAAAGAGAAGUAGUUCACAAAGAUGCCCUUGAUGUAUACAUUGAGCAUAGGCUGCUUAUGGAACAGAGAAACCAUCCUGAUGGUCAAGAACUUACCCGAGACCCCAGAAACAAAUACCCAGCAGAGCUCAUGAGGCGAUUUGAGUUGUAUUUCAAGGCACCUAGUCAUGAGAAACAUCGAAUGAUUCGAGAAGUGAAAGCAAACUGCAUUGGAAAACUUGUUCAAGUGAAGGGCAUUGUGACGAGAACAACAGAAGUAAAACCAAUGUUGGUCGUGGCAACAUACACCUGUGAUGUGUGUGGAAAUGAAACAUAUCAACCAAUAAACUCUCCAUCUUUCAUGCCUUUGAUUAUGUGUCCUAGUCAAGAAUGUACCACAAACAGAUCAGGUGGAAGGUUGUAUUUACAAAGCCGAGGCUCAAAGUUUGUAAAGUUCCAGGAGAUAAAAAUACAAGAACAUAGUGAUCAAGUUCCUGUGGGGAACAUUCCCAGAAGUAUGACGGUAAUAUGUCGCGGGGAGACAACGAGGUGCACCUUGCCAGGUGACCAUGUCAGCAUCACAGGGGUAUUUUUACCUUUAAUGAAGCAAGGAUAUGGACAAAUUCAACAAGGGCUUUUGUCAGAAACAUACUUAGAAGCACAUAGAGUGGUGAAGAUGAACAAAACUGAGGACGACGAGUUGGGGGCUGAGGAACUCACAGAGGAUGAGAUUAAACAGGUGGCAGAGGAUGACUUCUACGAUAAACUGGCCAGCAGCAUUGCUCCAGAGAUCUAUGGACAUGAGGAUGUAAAAAAGGCCCUCCUGCUGCUGUUAGUUGGGGGAGUGGACAAGUCUCCUAGAGGCAUGAAAAUAAGAGGUAACAUAAAUAUUUGUUUGAUGGGUGAUCCUGGUGUGGCCAAAUCUCAGCUGCUUUCAUACAUUGACAGAUUGGCUCCAAGAAGUCAGUACACCACUGGACGAGGAUCUUCAGGAGUGGGUUUAACCGCAGCGGUGAUGAAAGACCCAAUCACAGGGGAGAUGACAUUGGAGGGUGGAGCUCUGGUGCUGGCUGAUCAAGGUGUGUGCUGCAUUGACGAGUUUGACAAGAUGAUGGAGGCGGACAGGACUGCUAUUCAUGAGGUCAUGGAGCAGCAAACUAUUUCCAUUGCCAAGGCCGGAAUCAUGACAAGUCUAAAUGCUAGAGUCUCCAUUCUGGCAGCUGCUAACCCAGCAUAUGGUCGAUACAACCCCAAAAAGUCCAUUGAACAAAAUAUCCAGCUGCCUGCUGCUCUUCUGUCGAGAUUCGACUUGCUGUGGCUUAUACAGGACAAAGCGGACCGGGAGAAUGAUCUGAGGCUUGCUCAACAUAUUACAUAUGUCCAUCAGCAUAAUGUUCAGCCUCCAGCUCAGUUUACACCCUUGGAAAUGAAGCUGAUGAGGCGCUACAUUGCAUUGUGCAAGAAGAAACAGCCAGUGAUCCCAGAGAACUUGUCAGAUUAUAUCACUGGUGCCUAUGUUGAAAUGAGGAAGGAGGCUAGAAACAGUAAAGACACCACCUUUACCUCAGCCCGUACUCUGUUGGCCAUCUUGCGUCUGUCCACGGCCCUCGCUAGACUACGAUUGGCUGAUGUCGUGGAGAAGGAAGACGUCAAUGAGGCAAUGAGACUGAUGGAGAUGUCUAAGGAUUCGCUUAACCCAGCUCAUGACGUGCACAACAGGGCACACAAUGUCACAGAUCAGAUUUUCGGCAUCAUCAGGGAAAUAGCCCCUUCUAAGGGACUACGUUCUGUGAAGAUCUCGGAAGUUAUGGAACAGUGUGUUUCUAAAGGAUUCAAGCCUGACCAGGUGGAUGCUUGUAUUGAGGAAUAUGAAGAGUUAAAUGUCUGGCAGACAAACCAAGCUCACACAAAGAUCACAUUUAUUUAAGUGAGGAACCUAACCAUGAUGCCAUUAUUUAAGAAUGGAAAUAGAAAGAUCACAUUUAUUUAAGUGAGGAACUAUAUGGAUGGAUUUAGAGGCCUAACCAUGUUGCAAUUAUUUAAGAAUGGAAAUAGAAAAAGUAGAUGAAAGGUGUUUCAGUAAUGUUUUUACUCGUCAGAUACUGUAAAUUAUGAAUAUAUGUUUUUAGAGGUUAGAGCUUUGUUUAUGAUUUUUUACACAGAAUGUCUGAGGUGAAGUACUAUGUCCCAAUUUUUCAAACUACAGUACAGUACAUCAUUGAUGCAGAAAUGUAUUGUUUGUUCCAUUAAAUUCAUCACCUGUCUGAUGAGCUGGCAGUCCAUAGAUUGUACAUUUGUAGAAUUGCAAUUUCUUUGCUACAUGUGAAUAUUAAAUAUCCAACUGACAACUUUUAUUAUCCCCUUGCAAUUUAUUGCAAGAGGGACUAUUAGUAAUGGCUUGUUCAUGUGCGGGUGAGUGAGAGUGUGUAACACUGAGCUCACAAGCACUCCACAGACCACAUUUUUUUUAAAGCUGUAUUGAGAUCAUGCUUCAAAUGUAGUUAGUUAUCAGGAGAGGAAGACGGGUCCAACGGUCAAGGUCAGUGCAGGGAUUCAUUAAAAAAAAAGUUUAUUUAGACACUCAAUGUUAAGGGAUAUAUGCCCCACCUUGCAGAACUCUUGUUACUCUUGUUUGAAUUUAUGACAAUUUUGACCUGUGUUUUUUGCCUCCUUGGCAAAGAUGGUGUUCAGUUGCCACCAAAGAUGUGUUCAAGGCAUGUUCAGAAUUUUACAAAAGAUGUGUUCAAGGCAUGUUCAGAAUUAGCAGUGUACAAGUCUUAAGCAAGCAUUGAUUAAAAUCUGAAAUAUUAUGCUGUGCAUGUAUAUUGUAUUAAUGGAAAGAAAUUGAUCAUUUCAUUCAUGAAGUCAAUUAAAAUAGGACUAAUCAAA